AUGCGACCGUCGUCGUUUCGCAGUCUGACAACCACUGCUCGAUUACGUGCAACAACGCCGCCGCCAGCAUCGGAAAAUGGAGCAAUUAACCCAAGGUGGCUGUCGGACUUGCAGAAGAGAUUACAGCAAUCCCUGUCGCUCAAGAUUGCGCCGAAAAAGGUAGACGAAGUGAGAGAACGACUGGCGCAUCUGGAUAAGAAUUGGCUGGAGCUCGCAGCGGGACGAGAAGGUUUCUUGGCUGAUCCGGAGAGACGAGGGUUGGAUAGACAUGCGGUGCAAUGGGGAGACAUGCUUUAUUCUAAUGACGUAUUUGCAUCGCAGGGACAUGUCAAUAAUGUCAUAUACAAUCGGCUCGCCGAGUCUGGCCGUGUCAACUGGACAAGAAACCUUGCACAGUUUUCAGACCCCAAGUAUGAACAGGAAUGGUACGAUCUCAUGUCGCCAAAGAGCAUCGGCCUCAUCUUGGCGAGUAUCAGAACAGACUUCAAAUUUCCUAUGACGUUCCCGGACCGUGUCACAGUCUUGCAUAAGCUGGUCACGAAGCCGGAUUACAGCUCCGACCGCUUCUACUUGGAAGCCGUCAUGUAUUCCGAGCAGCAAAGACGACCGGCGGCGAAGUGCUUUGAGGAUAUCGUGGUCUACGAUUACAGAGCGGCCAAGAAGGCGCCCUUGAAGCCUUUUAUGGUUGAUGAGUUGCAGGCGACUUAUGAUCUACAAGAAGAGAAGAAGAAGGAAGCUGAGAAGAAGGUGGCAGAGCUACAAGAAUUUGUUCAACAGGUAGAGGACAGUGCUGGUACUGCAUAG